CGCGGGAGUCGGUCACCGGGAGCAGGAGCAGGCGGAAGACAACGGAGGGGCCGAGCGCCCGAGCCGCGCCGCGGGGACCCAGCGAGCAGCCCGAGGCGGCGGCGGCCGAGGACGGGGACGGCGACGACGCGGAGGCAGAGAGGGAGCCGCCCGGCCCAGCCCGGUAAAGCAGGCAGAGCGCAGCGAGGCAUCCAUCGCUGCCGCCAUGCCGUUCCCAUUCGGGAAGUCGCACAAAUCUCCAGCAGACAUUGUGAAGAACCUGAAGGAGAGCAUGGCCGUUCUGGAAAAGCAAGACAUAUCUGACAAAAAAGCAGAAAAGGCCACCGAAGAAGUUUCCAAAAAUCUUGUCGCCAUGAAGGAGAUCCUGUACGGCACGAACGAGAAGGAGCCUCAGACAGAGGCCGUAGCGCAGCUGGCACAGGAGCUGUAUAACAGCGGGCUCCUGGGCACGCUGGUGGCCGACCUACAGCUCAUUGACUUUGAGGGCAAAAAAGACGUGGCUCAAAUUUUCAACAAUAUUCUCAGAAGACAAAUUGGUACAAGAACUCCUACUGUUGAAUACAUCUGCACUCAACAGAAUAUUUUGUUCAUGUUAUUGAAAGGGUAUGAAUCUCCAGAAAUAGCUCUAAACUGUGGAAUAAUGUUGAGAGAAUGCAUCAGACAUGAGCCACUCGCAAAAAUCAUUUUGUGGUCAGAACAAUUUUAUGAUUUCUUCAGAUAUGUCGAAAUGUCAACAUUUGACAUAGCGUCCGAUGCAUUUGCCACAUUCAAGGAUUUACUUACAAGACAUAAAUUGCUCAGUGCAGAAUUUUUGGAACAACAUUAUGAUAAAUUCUUCAGUGAAUACGAGAAGUUACUUCAUUCAGAAAAUUAUGUGACAAAAAGACAGUCACUCAAGCUUCUCGGUGAACUACUCUUAGACAGACACAACUUCACAAUUAUGACGAAGUACAUCAGUAAACCAGAGAACCUCAAGUUAAUGAUGAACCUCCUGCGGGACAAGAGUCGUAACAUCCAGUUUGAGGCCUUCCACGUUUUUAAGGUGUUUGUAGCCAAUCCCAACAAGACGCAGCCCAUCCUAGACAUCCUCCUCAAGAAUCAGACCAAACUUAUAGAGUUCCUCAGCAAGUUUCAGAAUGACAGGACCGAGGACGAACAAUUUAACGAUGAGAAGACCUAUUUAGUUAAACAGAUCAGGGAUUUGAAGAGACCAGCUCAGCAAGAAGCCUAAUUUCCAGUCAACAUCUAAAAUAUUAAAUCCACAUUCAGCAUUUGCUGUUAGCUAUUCAGCAUCAGGCGCUCUUUAUUGGGUCAUGAGGAACUUUACUGCUAACCUGCUGUUAAGUGAACGGUUUUUCAUUUUACCUUUGUUUUUUUUUAGUCCAAGUUGGAGAACGUAGCUGCUGCUUUCUUGCACACUAGAGCACACGUGGACUUUCUCUUGAUCUUUGUGUCGUUUCAGGGUUCAAGGACUCUGUUUGCUGUAGGAGUUCUGAACGUGGCUAGGUUUCCGGAGGCAGGUGUAUAGACGGUGGUGUGGGUUGGGGCAGAAGGGGAUUGCUGUUAGCAGAUGAAACCUGCGUGUUUGCGUUGAUCUCUGAGCAUGGCUUCUUGGUAAGGUUGUACGCCUUCACUAAAGGACGAUGGAGCAGAGCUGUAUUUGAAACGAGAGGGCAGCUGUAUCCGAGAUGUGAGCUUUUGGGGUGGAUAAAGUUGACGUGCAAAUAAACUGAUAGCAACUUCUCGAAGGUGUGAAGCUUCAUAAGGUCAUAAGGAAAAUGUAUAUAUGCUUUUCACAGCUUUCUAGAAUUUUUUGACAUUUGAUUUUCUUGAGACUUGUAAACCUGGGUAUGUUGAAGGGUAUUUGUUAAUUUUACUCUUUGGAAGGUAUUUUAAACCAGUAGAGCUAACAGUGACACCUUGCAUUUCAUUUCAGCAAUGCUUACAGGUUUCUUUUGUAUAUAAUUCUUAGAAUGCUCAUUUCUUUUAAAUGAUUUAAUUUGUACAGCAGAGGAAUGUUACUGUAUUAGUAUGUAACUAUUACCUAAUAUUGAGUUUUUGCAAAAAAAAAAAAAUGAAUGCUCAUAUGUAAUUGAAAUACUUCCGAUCACAUGAAAAUGCUGAUUUAACAUUUAAGUAUCACAGCAUUAAAACAAAAAA